AUGGAGAAGGGAGCUGAAACCGUCACCAAGGUGGUUGCGUCUCGCACUGGCGGCCUCAUCGUUCUGAACGCGCUCACCAUGCUCUAUGCCAGCAACGGCACGGUGAUCAAGGGAGCAGAGGAAGCCGCGAUAGGGCCGCUGCAGUUCUGUCUGGGUCGCUUCGCCAUAGCUGCACUUGCACUCUCUCCGCUGCUCCCCACCGCCCUCUCCAACCCCGCUGUCCGUCGAUGCGGCAUCGAAAUGGGCCUCUGGGCCGCUCUCGCAUACCUCUCCCAGGCCUUCGCUCUCAUCACCACUGGCGCUGGCCGCGUGGCAUUUAUCGGCACUUUCACUGUAAGCAGGAAUUAG